AUGCAUCUCAGAAGGAAGAGAAAGUUGUCAUGGAAUCGGAUUCUCUUCCUGAUUUCUGCCCUGAUCAUUUGCUCCCUUUACCAGUUCUUCACCGGAAACUUCCAGCUUUCAGCACCGCGGAGAGCGCAAAACGAAGCUGGAAACGGAGGCAGUCAAAGUCGGGAAUAUCUCUCCAUCCAGAGCAGGAAACUUCUGGAAACGAAUCCCAGCAUCAGAACCCAGACCAGCAGCUCCAGGACCCCCACAACUGGAGUCCCCAGUACCAGGCCCCCCAGAACCAGGCCCCCCAGAACCAAGCCCCCCAGAACCAGGCCCCCCAGAACCAGGAUCCCUACAACUGAAGACCCCAGAACUAGCGCCCCUACAACCCCUCUUGAUAUAAUCAGCAGCUCCAACAUAACAAGCACAGGAGAGAUAUCCACACCAACAGCGACAGGAACACCUCGAUUAAGAGGAUGCAUCCGAGUGGGGAAUGAGAUCAUUCCAGCUCCUACAGCAUCUACCCCGGCCCCGGGGGACACCAGCGCUGAAGCGGACAACAGUGACCCUCCGCUUGCCCACACGAAGGGUGAAUACCCAACCGACCUGUUCACGGUGGAGGAGCGCAGGCAGGGCUGGGUGAUCCUACAUGCGUUGGGCAUGAUCUAUAUGUUCAUCGCUUUGGCCCUGGUCUGCGAUGAGUUUUUUGUACCAUCCUUAGGGGAGAUUACUGAGAAAUUGGAAAUUUCCGACGAUGUGGCGGGUGCGACAUUCAUGGCAGCGGGAGGAUCGGCUCCUGAACUCUUCACCUCUCUGAUUGGAGUCUUCAUUUCCCACAGUAAUGUGGGGAUCGGGACUAUCGUGGGCUCGGCAGUGUUCAACAUCUUGUUUGUAAUCGGAAUGUGCGCCAUCUCCUCCAGGGAAAUCCUGCAUCUCACCUGGUGGCCUCUAUUCCGGGAUGUCUCUUUCUAUAUUUUGGACCUGAUCAUGUUGAUAAUAUUCUUUCUAGACAAUAUGAUCGAGUGGUGGGAAAGUGUCUUCCUGUUAUGUGGAUACAUAAGCUACGUGUCUUUCAUGAAAUUCAAUGCAGAAAUCGAACAAUGGUUUAAGGCGAAUGUCGUGAAAAAUAAUAACGUGGUUAAAGUAAUGUCGAUGAUCAAUCCGAACAAGGUUAUUACGGCGCCUGACGAUUCCUUAAGAUUCUCUCCCAAAGCGAUUCUAACACGAGGAAGCAGCACACCCUCACUACACAACAGCAUGCUACGGAACACCAUCUUCCAGCUCAUGAUCAAUACACUGGACCCCUUGACUGAAGUGAAGUUUAAGCAGAAGGCUGAAAUAAUGAACAGUAUGGCCAAGGGCAAAGAAAGUUCAAAAGAUCAACAAGGAAACAAUAUGAAAGGGGAGGAGAAAUCAGAUCGCCCCAGUUCAGUGAAUGUUGAAGUGACUCCCCCAACUGAUCCACCGACCUCACCAUCGGCAGAAGGUGAUGAGAAAGAUGAAGAUGAUCGAAAAGGUGAUGAAAAGGAUGGUGGUGAUGGUGAUUCUGAUGGUAGUGAUGACGAUGAUGACAGUGAUGACAGCGAUGAAGAUAGCGAUGAUGAUGAGGACAAUGAAGAAGAGGAUGAAGAAUCCAAAGACGAAGAACCUUUGAGUCUUGAAUGGCCAGACACCCGGCGGAAACAGUUCACUUACCUGUGCCUGCUUCCCAUUGUGUUUCCACUCUGGCUAACAGUGCCUGAUGUCCGAAACACAGCUUCAAAGAAAUACUUUAUUGGAAGCUUUCUUGGAUCUAUUUUAUGGAUUGGCGCUUUUUCAUACUUGAUGGUGUGGUGGGCUCACCAGGUUGGUGAGACGAUUGGUAUUUCCGAAGAGAUAAUGGGUUUAACCAUCCUUGCUGCGGGCACCUCAAUCCCUGACCUCAUCACUAGUGUUAUUGUCGCUCGCAAAGGACUGGGGGACAUGGCAGUGUCCAGUUCAGUGGGAAGCAACAUCUUUGACAUCACAGUUGGGCUUCCAGUGCCCUGGUUAUUGUACGCUACCUUUAACAGAUUCCAUCCAGUUCCAGUCAGCAGUAAUGGCCUGUUCUGUGCCAUUGUACUACUCUUCCUGAUGCUGCUGUUCGUGAUCAUCUCCAUUGGCUUCUCCAAGUGGAAGAUGAACAAAUUAUUGGGCUUCACCAUGUUUUGCCUCUACUUUGCGUUUUUAAUAAUCAGCGUAAUGUUGGAGGACAGGAUCAUAGUAUGUCCAGUGUCCAUAUGA